UCUGCCUUCUCAUCAGUUGUGUUUUUGGAUGUUCCUCGUCAGCAUCGUAGUGGAAGGUGGUGUUGUUGCAUACCAACAACCAUAUGCCGCCGCCAAUGGCAGAUGGCAAAUUAAGAAGAAUAAUAAUUAUUAUUAUUAUCCAGUCAUCUAUGUGGAUCCAUCUGGGCAUGGACAUUUCCGGACAAUCCAGGCAGCCAUUGAUUCAGUUCCUCAGUACAACAAGAAUUGGAUCUGCAUUCAUGUCAGAGCUGGAACUUAUAGAGAACAAGUGAAGAUUCCAAGAGAGAAACCCUAUAUUUAUCUGAGAGGACAAGCACAGAGAAGAACCAAUGUGAUAUGGGAUGGGCAUGACUCCAUUGAAGCCGCUACCUUCUCUUGUGAUGCUGAUAAUACAUUUGUCAAAAGCAUAACCUUCAUUAACUCGUAUAACUUUCCGCCGGAGCACAACAGAAACCCAAGGAGGGUGGCGGUGGCGGCAAUGUUAUCCGGCGAUAAAAUGGCGUUUUACCGAUGCGGAUUUAAGGGAUGGCAAGAUACGCUGUGGGAUGUGCAUGGGCGUCACUACUUUAAGAAAUGCAGCAUUAACGGCGCCGUUGAUUUCAUUUUUGGUAACGGCCAAUCCAUCUAUGAGGGGUGUUCUAUAUCAGUAGAUAGAGGCGGCGAAGAAGGAAUGAUAGGGUACAUAACAGCACAAGGGAGGCAGGAGGGUGGGGAAAGCAGUGGAUUUGUGUUCAAGAAGUGUCAUGUGCAUGGGUCUGGCAAAGCCUACUUGGGAAGGCCUUGGAGAGACUAUGCAAGAGUCAUCUUUUACAGAACUUAUAUGGAAGACAAUGUUGUCCCUCAAGGCUGGACCAGUUAUGCUACUUCAUCCGGGUUGAAUAAGUUGACAUUUGUGGAGCACGGUUGCAGUGGACCAGGGUCGAACAAGUCAAUGCGAGUAAAGUGGUUAGCAAAGUUGGGCGGGCGAGAGUUGCGCUAUCUCACAAGUCUCUCUUACAUUGAUAACGAUGGAUGGCUUCUCAAGCUUCCCCCUAGUAAAAUCUUAGCUUGAUAUAAUCCACCAAAUUAAUAUAUAUUCAUUAUUCUAUAUUUUUGUCAUUGGCUUGUAGCUUCUAUGUACCAAUAAUAUUGCCAUGUCUCCAACGAUAUAGCAAUAAAUACCAUUGCCAAUUAUGACAAACAUGGGA